CGCACCGCGUCCGCCGUCAGGCGCGGGUGAAGGUGAUGGCGCGGUUCUCGUCCGAUUGCGCCGUGGUGCUGCUGGAGCACCUGGACACGCCGGUGACGCGGUUCCUGCUGAGCCACCCGCCGCUGUCGCGGCUCUUCGAGCCCCAGAAAAAGGAGGAAUCCAGCUUCACGCCGGAGGACGCGGUCCUGGCGUCCGUGGGCAUCGUGAAGUGCAGCCCCGACCGCGGGCUGCUGGUGUCGGAGAGCAUGUACCUGGCACUGGAGGAACUUAUCCAGGCCUGCUGUGCGGAAGAUGAAGGUAUCCCUGUGGUGCUGGUAUGUGGCCCAAAAAACACUGGAAAAUCGACAUUCAACAGAUACCUAAUUAACCUGUUACUGAAUCGCCUUCCUGCAGUCGAGUACAUGGAGUGUGACAUAGGCCAGCCAGAAUUCACACCGCCCGGUUGCGUGUCCCUGAGCAGCGUCACGGAGCCCGUGCUGGGUCCCCCCUUCACUCACCAGCAGACGCCCCGUAAGAUGGUGUAUUAUGGCCAGACCAGCUGUGAGCAAGACACGGAGAGGUACCUUGAUGUCAUGAAGUACGUGUUCAGCUGCUACAAGAAAGAAGUGCCUCUAAUUAUCAACACCAUGGGCUGGGUGAAAGGCGAGGGGCUGCUGCUGCUCAUCGAUAUCAUCCGGCUGCUGUCGCCCAGCCACGUUGUUCAGAUGGACGUGUGCGACUGGAAGGCAAUGGCCCCGCUCACCCCCGAGCACGUCCACCUCCAGGCCGGGCUGCACACCAAGGGCAAGCAGCAGCCUAAGUGCAAGCAGCUGGAUGUGGGUGCUGCAGAAAGCUGGAAGUGCUCCGAAGGGGAGGAUGCGUCAGUUCAGCAGUACAAGCUGCUCUAUGUCCAUCCAGAAUUCCCUCGGGCAGGAGUGGCAGGUGAAGCGCGAGUGCACAGCGGCAUCCUGCGUGACAUGUCCAUCGUGGGAUACCUGGGGCACCUACAGUACCCGGACAUCGGGGCGGUGCUCCCACUGCACAGCCUGGUGCCGUAUCAGGUACCUUUCAGUGCUGUCGCACUCAGGGUUAUUCACACAGAUGUUGCUCCCACCAACAUCAUGUAUGCAGUGAACGCCAGCUGGGUUGGGCUCUGCUGCAUUCCGGAUGAAGUCAGGUGCCAGACCGACGGGCCAGUCCUGCUGACACAGACACCAGUCUGCGACUGCCUGGGCUUCGGAAUUGUUCGAGGAGUUGAUAUGGAGAAGAAGCUUUACCAUAUCCUGACACCGGUGCCUCCAGAGAACCUGAGACUAGUGAAUUGUCUCCUCCUUGGGAACAUUGCUAUCCCUAACUGCGUGCUUGUGGGCCAGCAAGGAAUUGAGGGAGAGAUCCCAUAUGUCACGUCUGAUUACAACUACAGCAUCCUGGGCGCUGGGAAGCUGAGGAAAAAGAAGCAUUUCAAGAGGAAGGAUUUCACCUUUGAGUGUGAUUACACCUGAAUCCUCGGAGCCCUUGGGCCAAGUGUUGUUUGUGUGGACUGGGUAGAGAGCCCGGUGUGGUCACAGGAGCCCUGGGUGCUGCAGAGGCCCUGGGCAGGUGGCCAGGUAGAUGCCACAGCAGGUCUGGCUUUAAUAAUGUUUUGUAUGUUCGGUUUGUAUUUCAGCGUUUUGUAAUAAAUAUUUACGGAAAGCA